UCAAACUUACAACUUUGUAAACAAGUUAGUUUGAAUGAAUAGGUCAAAUAAUCAUUGAAGACUGUCUGUAAAUAUUUAUUAAGAGGAUAAUGAUGUAAUACGUUGUUUACAAUAAUAAUUUCUAUUUUCUCUCAAAACUGUAGCAAAAUAAUCUGGUCACCACAAUGAGUUUCAGUGUCUUUCUGUCAAGUUGUUUACCAAGUUUAAUUAAAUUCGGUGCCACUAUUUCAAAAUCGCUAAUGAGUUGAUAAGAAUGUUAUUAUGAUAAUUUUUUGGCGAUAGUAUCAUUACUCAGCGUUAUCAGCAGGCGGAGGGGCCUGGCGACGGACGUAAUCUUAAAACACACCACACAUAUUGAACUGAGUAGUAGAUAAGUUAUUAUGAAACUUUGAUUUAAUUGCUCUCAUACUUUUAUUAAAAUCAAACAUGUCAUAUUUAAGAAGUCUGUACAAAAAUGGGGUGUCAUUGCACCUGCAGUACCCGUCAAGGUUUGCUCACUCCCAGCAACUCAAAGAGGAGGUCCGCAGAAGGCAGAUCAGCAAAGUGCUGAUUGCCAACCGAGGGGAGAUAGCAUGUCGAGUUAUGAGGACGGCUAGGAAGCUGGGUGUCAGGACUGUAGCUGUCUACUCUGAUGCUGACAAACAUGCCAUGCAUGUGGAAAUGGCAGAUGAAGCAUACCACAUAGGUCCUGCACCAUCCACCCAGAGUUACUUAAAUGCAGCUAAAAUACUGGAAGUGGCCAAGAAGUCAAACAGUCAAGCCAUACACCCUGGCUAUGGGUUCCUGUCUGAAAAUGUGGAGUUCUGUGAAAAGUGUGCCAGUGAGGAUGUCAUUUUUAUUGGACCUCCACCAGCGGCUAUUAGGGACAUGGGAAUUAAAAGUACAUCAAAAGCUAUAAUGUCAGCCGCUGGAGUACCAAUUGUCAAAGGAUAUCAUGGAGAAGAACAGAGCAUUGAGAAGUUGCGAGAAGAAGCUCGGCGGAUCGGAUUCCCUCUCAUGAUCAAAGCUGUGCGGGGUGGUGGUGGAAAGGGAAUGAGAAUAGCAAUGACAGAGGCUGAAUUCUUACCAGAACUAGAGUCAGCUAAGCGUGAAUCUCUGAAGUCUUUCGGGGAUGAUAACAUGCUGCUUGAACAAUACAUCACAGACCCUAGGCAUGUAGAAGUACAGGUAUUCGCUGACAUGCACGGCAAUGCCGUACAUUUGUUCGAGAGAGACUGCUCAGUUCAGAGACGUCAUCAAAAGAUUAUUGAAGAAGCACCAGCACCAGGCCUUUCGGAAGAGACGCGCAGAGCUCUAGGCGAGGCGGCGGUCCGUGCGGCCAAAGCCGUGGGCUAUGUGGGCGCAGGCACCGUGGAGUUCAUCCUGCAUAGACAGACUCAUGAGUUCCACUUCAUGGAGAUGAAUACGCGUCUGCAAGUCGAACAUCCCAUCACUGAGAUGAUUACUGGCACGGACCUAGUGGAAUGGCAACUACGGGUAGCUGCCGGGGAACAGUUACCCCUUUCUCAAGAGGAAAUCAUUCGCCGCGGUCAUGCCGUUGAGUGCCGUAUAUACGCAGAGGAACCAAACGCCGGGUUCUUACCUCGCGCCGGCACGCUGCAUAGACUCACACAGCCUGUGCCUGAGGAGUUUGUUAGGGUGGAGACAGGAGUGCGAGAAGGGCAGGAGGUGUCGGUGCACUACGACCCUAUGAUCGCCAAGCUCGUGGUGUGGGGACGCGACCGCAGCGAAGCGCUUGCCAAGACUAGGGCCAAGCUCUCUGAGUACCAAGUAGCAGGUCUAGAAACAAACGUGAACUUCCUCUUACGUCUGAGUGGCGCGAGCGCAUUCGUGGCGGGUGAUGUACACACCGCCUUCAUACCGCAGCACAAGCACGAGCUGUUCCCCAUCUCCGACCACAGGCUCAGCAAGGAGUGUGCGAUACAGGCUGCACUAGGACAUUUGCUGAUCAAGCAGCAGUCGAGCACGGUGACGGACAACUGGAAGGGGAUCUCGGUGGAGCCUCAGGCGUGGAGACCUAACUACGAGCUACAGAAAACCGUCACCUUGAGAUUUGAUGAAGAUGACUUCACAGUAACAGUGCAAUACGAGCGUACGCCAAACACAUACCGCGUCAAAGUGAAGGACGGCGAGUGGAAGCAAGUGGAAGCUUCUCUGCAGGCCACUGACAGGGGACUGAGGCUACACACCACUAUUGGUGACAAGAGGACCAAUGUAGGCCUGCUCACGCAUGAACAGCAGAUACAUGUUUAUGACGAGAAUGGUCAAACAGUGGUGGAGUUGCCUCGACCCAAAUACCAGGCGAGCACCGUGGACGCGGCGGCCGCGGCCAACUCCGCCAGCUCGCCCACGCCCGGAGUACUGGAGCGGGUACUUGUGAACAAGGGGGACAAAGUGGUGAAAGGCCAGCCCCUAUUCGUGGUGAUAGCCAUGAAGAUGGAGUACGUAGUGCGUUCCCCUCGCGACGGCGUGGUGGCAGCACUGGCGCCCUACAACCUCGGAGACUCCGUCGGCAAGGGCGCUCAGGUUGUCAUGUUGGAGGGAGACAGCUGAACAUAUCGUUAAACCCAAGACUUUCUACUGGUAGGCUGUGACUAUAUCAAUCGUUUUCUUUUAAAAGUGCAAUAAACCGAAAAUAUUAUGUUAUAAAAAGACUCAAGACAUUUGCAUUUUGUUUACUGUAAAUUAACUAAUGUAUGAAAUCUUGUCCUCAACCUUAGCUAAAUAUGUGAGUACAUCGCGAGAUACGAAAUAUUGUAAAGAAAUAUUACAUUAAAAGUAACCUCUACAUUGGCCUACUUUUACUAGUAUUGAGCAAAGUAGAUACCUACAUAUUGUUACGCUUUUUACUUUCACUGGUGCUUAUUGUAAAAAACUUGCACACUUAGACGAACUUAAUGUUCAUCUCCUAAUAUCUUAUUCAUAGUAAAAUGCAGCCUUUAAGCCUUUAGAUAGUAAAUAAGUAUCAGAUUAUAUUGAGGUACUUAGUGGCCAUUGUGCAGGGUGUCAAACAGGCUUUGCCUAUUUUUCUAAAAAAGUGAAAGUCACACUAAAUAGAAUUUCUAGAACACAAUACUUUUAUUGUUACAAAAGAAUCUUGAGCUUAAAGCUAACCGGCAAUAUUAAAAAUAUUUGAGGACAGUCAAGCUCGAUAAUCGGUUCUUAUCCAUGAGUUUCACUACUGAACAAUAGCAUACUCUGUCUAUAAAGAGUUUCGCGGUUAUUUUAAUAUUAGUCUAUGGUUUCAAUGGCCGUGUUAUCUUGGUCGGUGGACGCGAGCCCUUAUAAGGCGCGAGGCCUAUUGGUUGCAAAGCUUAUUUAGUAAUCCGACAAUGUUAUGAAUAUUUGUAUGAAUGAAUUGUAAUGAGGACUAUGAUUUUUUAUUCAUUCCAAGUUUGUAAUGUGUAUAAAUUAGUUAAUGUUGUUGCCAAGUGUCAGCUAAUAUUUAGCUGAUAAAAAAGGGUUAUAAAAUGACCCAUUUGUAAAGCUAUGGACCUCAUAAUUAUUUUUAUAUAAAAGUUUGGUUACAUUUUUCUAAGUAAUUGUAAUGCUAGUCGUGCAACAUUAUGAAUAUGAUUGUUUGAAAUGUUUUAAUUAUGUGAGUUAUUUUGGGAUAUAGGACAAUAUUAAAUAUAUUUUUAUUAUUUUUACACCCUGUUUCCACGCUAUGUAUCUGUAUAUCUAUUGUAAAUAUAACACUAUAAAAAAUA